GAUAUAAAUAAAGUCACAAAUCGCAAAACCUAUACAUAACUUUCCAUCAUUAAUGUCAAUAAGAACAGAUUAUAAAAGUUUUCAAAUUAUUUAGCAAAAUUUAUUCCUUCCCUUCGGAUUCCCAAUAUCAUCAUGGGAAUCUUCAUCAUCUUUCUCCCACUUUUCCUCGUUUCUAGCUUCAUUGGGACUGUUUCAACAGCUUCUUUACAUUAUGACUCCAUUUUCAACUUCGGUGACUCUCUUAGUGACACUGGAAAUUUCCUUCUUUCUGGUGCAUUGUUAUUUCCUGUCAUUGGAGAGCUCCCCUACGGCAGAACCUUCUUUGGCCACCCAACAGGGCGGUGCUCUGACGGACGUCUAGUGAUCGAUUUCAUCGCUGAGGCAGCUGGGUUGCCACUAUUGCCACCAUACCUAGGGCUUGGCAAAGGCCAAGAUUUCAAACAUGGGGUGAAUUUUGCGGUUGCCGGAGCUACUGCUCUUGAUUCUAUAUUCUUCUAUGAGCAAAAGAUUGGGAAAAUUUUGUGGACAAAUGAUUCACUGAGUGUUCAGCUUGGUUGGUUCAAGAAGUUGAAGCCUUCUCUUUGCACUACGAAACAAGAAUGUGAUAAUUACUUCAAAAAAUCACUGUUCCUCGUGGGAGAAAUUGGUGGAAAUGACUACAAUUAUGCAUUUUUUGUCGGUGGGAACAUUAAACAACUGCGAGCUUCUGUACCGCUUGUUGUUCAAGCAAUAACUGGAGCCGUCACAAUGUUGAUAGAGGAAGGAGCAGUAGAAUUGGUGGUGCCAGGGAAUUUGCCAGUCGGAUGCUCGGCUGUGUACCUGACAUUGUUCCGAAGCCCUAACAAAGCAGACUACGAUCAAAAUGGGUGCUUGAAAAUCUAUAAUGCUUUCGCUAAGUACCAUAACAAACAGCUGAAAGGAGCCCUGGAGAUCCUGAGACAAAAGUACCCUCAUGCGAGGAUAAUUUAUGCUGAUUAUUACGCUGCAGCUAAGCGUUUCUAUCACUCUCCAAAUCAUUAUGCAUUUUACAACGGAGUCCUAACAGCCUGCUGUGGAGGUGGUGGACCCUACAAUUUCAACAAUUCAGCAAGGUGCGGUCACAUUGGUUCAAAAGCUUGUUUAAAUUCAUCAACUUUCGCAAAUUGGGAUGGAAUUCACUUGACUGAAGCUGCUUAUCGGACCAUAGCCAUGGGUUUGAUCAAUGGCCCUUUUACUACACCACCCCUCAAAACAUUUCCCCUCUAAACUCCUUCAAUGCUUUUAUAAAACUACAUAUAUAAACCUACUUUUGUAACUCUCUGGACAUGCAUGUUUUUCUCCGAACACAAUUAAAUCGAGUCGAUCUCUUUAUUUAA